CGAAAUGUCGUUGCCUGGCUCCCAUAUAAUAACAGACACAAAACACUAUACCACCCCAGAAGGGACAGUUCUGCAGCAGAACGCUUUUGACAUAUACAAAGUAUUUGACAAACUAGAAUGUCAGAGCAGUCAUGUCAUGUAGAAGAUCUUUGACGUGUUUUACAUUAUGUCCUUGAAUAGAGCACUCAUGUCCUUUAGAGAUUUGACUACUGUAAACAUAUAACCAUACAAUGACUCCAAUUUGUCAGCUAUUUUUCAGACUACUUUUGUGUAGUAUGUUUCUACAUAAUAUGCUAUUAUUAUAGCAUAAUAUGCUAUUAUGCUAUAAUAUAGCAUAUUUUGAGCUGAGCGAAAAUGUGGUUUCUGUUAUUUGUAGUUGUUAAAAAUACAGACUUGUGUCUGUACAAGCUCUUCUUUUAAACCACUAUUGAUAACGUGGUGGUCUUAUUUUUUUGGUAAAAAAAAAAAAAGAGUUACUGUCUCUUUAACUAGCAUGUAACACUUGCCUGCAAAAGGAACUUUAUGAGGUACAUUCAUAGAUCAAUAAAUGUUUUGUACCUUUAGCUGUACAAGAAGCACAACAGUUGUCUGAUCUUUGAUGUGAAAAUGAUACCUAUGCAGUACGUUAGCGUGAGGUGAUGACGUCACAGCCAACCCGUCUGUAGAUGUGUAACGUACCUGCACGCGCAUCCGUCGCGAAUGAAAUGACGCGCAGCAGCAGCAGGCGGCAGCAACUAUGAGGGUCGCCUCGCUCACCGCCUAAUAGCUCCAUAUUAUUAUUUCGUGUGCGUGUCACCCAUAUUAAUAUACGUUCGUGAAGCUAUGUCGGUUGUGGUCUUGCUUGUAGCCACCGUGACGGUGAUGUGACAGCAUUUCUAGCCGCAUCUGUCUCGGCCAAGGACCCCCGGCGGUGCGUGCGCGGAGCUGUCAUGGAGAUGGAAGGACUGACUGCGGAACCCAACCGGAGGUGUGAGGAGGAAGCUGGCAUCGGUCUGCAGCUGGACCUCGCAGACACCGAUACAGCCAAGAAGAGUCAAAUAGAGAUGCCAUCCCCAUUUGGAACAGGCCAAGCUCAUGAGAAGAAGAUUGGCCACAGAAGAGUAGAUGCCUCCGGAGAAACAACCUACAAGAAGACCACCUCCUCCGCCUUAAAAGGGGCCAUCCAAUUGGGUAUUGGAUAUACUGUUGGCAACCUCAGCUCCAAGCCCGAGAGAGAUGUGCUCAUGCAGGACUUCUAUGUGGUGGAAAGCAUCUUCUUCCCCAGUGAGGGCAGUAACCUCACGCCAGCCCACCACUUCCCAGACUUCAGGUUUAAAACCUAUGCCCCCGUGGCCUUUCGCUACUUCAGGGAGCUGUUUGGGAUACGACCAGAUGACUACCUGUAUUCUCUCUGUAAUGAGCCACUGAUUGAGUUGACCAAUCCAGGAGCGAGCGGCUCCAUAUUUUACGUAACACGAGAUGAUGAGUUCAUUGUCAAAACUGUCCAACACAAGGAGGCAGAAUUCCUACAGAAGUUGCUUCCUGGUUACUACAUGAACUUGAACCAGAACCCUCGGACGCUGCUGCCCAAGUUCUUUGGCCUCUACUGUGUCCAGUGCGGGGGGAAAAACAUCCGGGUUGUCGUGAUGAACAAUAUUCUUCCACGCUCUGUUCGUAUGCACCUUAAAUUUGACCUGAAGGGCUCCACUUAUAAGAGACGAGCAUCCAAGAAGGAACGAGAGAAGUCCAAACCCACUUUUAAAGAUCUGGACUUUUUGAGUGAUGUUCCUGAGGGCCUUAGUUUGGACCAGGAUACAUACAACGCUCUGGUCAAAACUCUGCAAAGAGACUGUCUGGUGCUGGAAAGUUUUAAGAUUAUGGACUACAGUUUACUCCUUGGUGUCCACAGCAAGACACAAGCAGAAAGAGAGCGUCAGUCCCAGGGUUCUCCAGCAGAUGGCGCUGAUGAAACGCGUCCUGUCGGCCAGAAAGCUCUGUACUCCACUGCAAUGGAGUCUAUACAGGGAGGGUCCAGAUGCAGGGAAACUCUGGACCGUGAUGACACAAUGGGGGGCAUUCCAGCUGUGGGAGUUAAAGGAGAGCGCCUGCUCUUGUUUAUCGGUAUCAUUGACAUUCUGCAGUCUUAUCGGUUGAUUAAGAAAUUGGAGCACUCCUGGAAGUCUCUCAUCCAUGAUGGGGACACAGUAUCCGUUCACAGACCAGGUUUCUAUGCUGAGCGCUUCUACAAAUUUUGUAGCAACGUCGUCUUCAAGAAGAGUUGCUCAUUGAGACCGUCUCCUUCUAAACGAGGACGAGGAGCUCUUUCCAUGUUCAAGUCCAGUGCUGGUGGAUCUGAGCUAAGGAGCCAGCAUCCCUCACAGAGUGAUGAGAAGCAAGAAAACAUGGACAACCUGGAGAGCCUGCGAGGACCUCAUAGCUUUGUCGUGUUGGAGGACAGUGGGCGAGAGCCACCCUGCACACCUCCCUCCUUUGAAGACGCCACCACAGCAUCAAUCGCCACCACGCUCUCCUCUAACAACUCCUUACCCACCACCCCCUUCGAUACACCCGAGCACCCACGCUGCAGGAAACAAAUGCUCUCACCCAAGUCCCACAAAGAUGUAGUUGAGGUUCACGAGAAGAAGCAGGACACCAUAACAGUUGAGGUGGAGCUCAGUAAAAUUCCAGCCAGCACCGAGCUCACACAGAGGACAGAAGCAACCUCGCCAGCUGACAGUCAGCCCAGCUUCAUUCCUCCAUCCACUCCUCCGUCUUUCAGUCCUUCAUCUGCACAUUCCUCAUCCACCCUUCCUCCCACCUUCAUCUCUUCCUCCACCACUGCUCAGUCAGCUUGCCAGUCCUCCUCCACACUUUCCAGUUCCAUCCGCCCAUCCACCAAACCACUCACCUCUCCAUCCUCCCCCCUCACCCACAUCGUCCCUCACACACAAACCCCAGUGACCCGAAAUGUUGCCACUCUGCCGCCCUCCUCAGCAUUUACCCCCAUCUGUCCCGCAUCCUCUCAGUCUUCCAUGCAGAGCUCCCCUCCUCAUCUUUCUGAGACUCUCCCCACUGGCGAGCCAACAGGCUCUCUAGCUGUGCAAGACUCAAGCAAUCAGCUGUCUGUCUCCAGCAGCCACGACUCGUUGGACGGGGAAGUGCAGGUUUCUGAUAUCUACUUUUAUGCAGACGGACGAUAUUGGGUGUACUCUCCUGUUCUUGGCCGUCGUAAGCUAAACUCUUGCUCGAGUUACACUCAGACUCAGGAGGACCGGAGCUGUAUGCAUUCUCCUCACUAUGGCUCAGAGAAUGACUUGCCAUGAGGAAGGAGGCAGCGGAUUUAAUGAUAUUUUAAUGCUGGUAACUUAAGCUGCAUGUGGACUUCUUGCAGCUGUGAAACCCAUCAGUUAAAAAUGUAACAUAACAGCAUUUAGAUUCAUCCUUUCAUGCAAAUACAUACAUACUAUAUCCGUAUAUAUGCAAGCAAAACAAGUAUCCUCAAGCUUUGCUUUUGAACAAUCUGAAAGAACACUGUGAUUGAGUGUUGAUGGCUCUGUCAGCAGUGGCUAUGCAAUAUGGACACAUAUUCUGUGUGUUUAUUUUUAGUAAAAGGCACAGGAUGUAUCAUUUAUUUAUUUGCGCUUUUUUAAGGCACUUUUAAAAUGAACAUUUUACAUUAUUGUCAUUUAUAUUUGUCAGAGACAUAUUGUCCUGUGCAUUGUUUAUGCACACUGUACUGUCAUGUCAUAUUUGUCAUGCCUUAGUGUCAUGCAUUUAUAUCCACAUUAUUAUGAAUGUUUAUUGGGAGAUAUUCCCGUUUGAGCAGCAGUAGCAGCCACGGAUAUACUAAUUUUCAAGUUAAGGGAAAAAUAUGCAUUGUACAUACAGUAUAAUGUACAUUUAUGUAUGCCUGUUGAUCUGUAAAUAACAUCAUCCGAAUACUGUUGGAAGAAGUAGCAUUGUUGACAUCAUAUCGUCAACUUUAUUUUAGACACAUACAGUACAUGGUCCAUAAAACAUAAAAACAAGACGCAAUAAAAAUGUAUGUAAUGUGUAAGUAAAGAUGCCAGUGUUUCCACAGCCUGGAGAAAAACCUGACGGAACUUUGUACAGAGUUGGUCAGACUAUAUUCGUAUGAUGCUGUUAACAGAGCAUGUUAGCUCAACCCUACUAGUGAUUUUAUACUAAUUUGCAUUAACUUUCUCAUGAACUCAUGCAAAAUUCUCCCAAUAAUACAGUAAACUAUUUGUGCAUGAUCUGUAUGUGCAUGUAUGGGUAAUUGUGAGACAUUUUUGUUCUGGUUGGUGUCCAAACGUUGUCGAUAUAUUGAUGUGGGACACCAUCUAUCAGCAUGUUGACUGUGUCUGAAGUCUCACAUAUUGUACCUGGAUGUUUGUAGUGUUAAUUCAGUUGAUUCAGAGAAGUUGUGUACCGAAUAAAGGGCAUGUUCAUGGUAA